AGCUGCUACUAUCGUCCUCGGGAGUGUUUUUAUGUGCCACAGAAAGACCCAUCCGUUUUGCUCCACAUUGGGGGAAAAAAAACCAAAACCAUUUUGAACGGAUAAGUAAAAUCCCAGACUACUUUAUUUGUUGAACGGAGCUGUGAGAUGCAGAAAGACUCCAAGUCGCGAGAAGAAGAUUUUAAAAAUGGGAAACAGAUUAAUCCAGAUUUCAAAAUGCCAAGCCAGGAGUCUUUCGGGAGUUACCAGGAUGAGACUAAAACAGGACCAGAUUUUACCUGGGUGGUUAAGGCUAACAACCGGGCUUAUCAUGCACAAAUUCGAAAGAGGCAUCUCUGGUGUUUGAAGAAGAGAAAAUAUGCAGACAAUGCCAUUAAGACGGCUAAGUACAACUUUUUCACUUUUCUCCCUCUCAACUUGUAUGAACAAUUUCACCGGUUGGCCAACGUAUACUUCUUGUUCAUAAUUCUUUUGCAGACCUUCCCACAAAUCUCCACACUGCCUUGGUUUGCACUUCUCUUUCCCCUCGGUAUUUUGCUCUCCAUCAGAGGCAUUCGUGAUUUAAUUGAUGAUGUGGCACGACACCGAAGUGAUGGGGAAAUCAACAACCGACCUUGUGAGAUCUUGACAGGUAGAAGUUUCUGCAAAAUGAAAUGGUGCGAUAUACAAGUGGGUGAUAUCGUUUGCCUCCACAAAGAUAGCUUUGUACCGGCUGAUCUUCUCUUACUCUCCAGUUCAGAACCAAACAGCCUCUGCUACGUGGAGACCAUGGACAUAGAUGGAGAGACUAACUUGAAAUACAGACAAGCUCUCCUGGUAACACAUGAGCAGCUGACCUCCACGGAGAACAUGGCUGCCUUUGAUGGUGAAGUGGUCUGCGAAGAGCCAAACAGCCGGUUACACAACUUUGUCGGUACCUUAGAAUGGCACGGAGAGAAAUACCCUCUUGAUUGUGAGAAAAUCCUGUUGCGUGGCUGUAGAGUACGUAACACAGAAGUCUGCUACGGCCUUGUUAUUUAUGCAGGUUUCGAUUCCAAAAUCAUGAAAAACUGCGGAAAGAUCAAGUUAAAAAAAACGAAACUCUGUCAUCUGAUGGAUCGUCUCGUGCUCUUGAUCACAGUCACUCUCCUCCUGACCUCCUUCGGCCUUGCCAUUGGCUCAGGGAUAUGGGCCACCAAGUUCUUCCAGGAACACAGCUACCUUUUUGCCUUCUACCACCACACCAGUCCAGUCAGCUACGCCUUCUUUGCAUUCUGGGGAUUCCUCAUCCUCCUCAGCUUGGUCAUCCCCAUGUCCAUGCUCAUCACGCUUGAAUUUAUCUACCUGGUCAACAGCUGUUUCAUCAACUGGGACACGGAGAUGUAUUAUGCAGAGAAGGACACACCUGCCAAAGCUCGGAGCACAAGUCUGAAUGACCAGUUGGGGCAGAUCGAAUAUAUUUUCUCAGACAAAACAGGCACUCUGACCCAGAACAUCAUGACCUUCAAGAAAUGUUGUAUCAACGGAAUCAUCUAUGGUUCAAGCAAGACUGAAUGCAAAUCAAUGGAUUUGAGCUGGAACAAAUAUAUAGACAAGAAGCUGGAAUUUCACGAUCAGUUGCUUUUAGAUACCAUCCGGCGUGACCAGGACCCAGUAGUGAGGGAAUACAUGCGGUUGCUUGCCCUAUGUCACACUGUCAUGGUGGAGGAGAAAGAAAGUGAGCUUGUUUACCAAGCUGCUUCUCCAGAUGAGGAAGCCCUGGUAACAGCUGCCAGAAACCUGGGUUAUGUCUUUCUCUCCCGCACUCAAGAUACCAUCACGAUAAGUGAACUGGGCAUACAACGGACUUACAAGGUGCUGGCAUUGCUAGAUUUCAACAGUGUGAGAAAGCGGAUGUCUGUUUUAGUGCAAGACCCUGAAGGUUGCAUCAAGCUUUACACCAAGGGGGCAGAUUCUGUGAUCCUAGAAAGACUCCACAGUGACCAGAUCAACGAAGGUUGCACCAUCAAAGCACUGGAUAGUUUUGCAGCGGAGACCUUGAGGACGUUAUGCCUGGCUAUGAAAGAGGUGGACAAGAAGGACUACACUCUGUGGAGCAAGAAACACCAUGCAGCGAGCAUCUUAUUACAGGGCCGGGCCCAAGAGUUGGACAAAGUAUAUGAGGAGCUUGAGCAGAAUCUUAAGCUUUUGGGGGCCACAGCCAUAGAGGACAAAUUACAAGAUGGGGUCCCUGAGACCAUUCAUCUGCUCAAAAGAGGGGACAUCAAAGUUUGGGUGCUAACAGGAGAUAAGCAAGAAACUGCUGUCAAUAUUGGGUUUGCUUGUCAACUCCUUUCCGAAGACAUGACCAUUCUGGAAGAGAGUGAAAUCAGGGAGAUUCUUGAACCAGCCUGGUACAGCACCAACAGUUUGGCUGGCAGUGGUGAAGCCCUGUGCAACAUUGGCUCUUUUCUUCCUUACCAGGCAUCGCAUGUCAAAAAAGCCCUGGUGGUCACUGGGGACUUCCUUGAGAAAAUCUUUCACACGGAGGAGAACAAGAAAGCAAAGAAGAAGAAAGGACUUUUGGAGCACUUGCGCUUCCGGACUGCGGACAUCAGCAAGGAGCAUGGAAACCUCAUUGAAAAAGCAUUUGUGGAACUGGCUACCACCUGCCAAGCUGUGAUCUGCUGCAGGGUCACGCCCAAGCAGAAGGCCCUCAUUGUACAAAUGGUGAAGAGACACAAGAACUCCAUCUCCUUGGCCAUUGGAGACGGGGCCAAUGACGUCAACAUGAUUAAAACUGCGGACAUAGGGGUUGGAAUCAGUGGGCAAGAAGGCAUGCAAGCUGUACAGUGCAGUGAUUAUGCGCUGGCUCAGUUCCGCUACCUUCAGAGGCUCCUCUUCGUCCAUGGCAAGUGGUCCUACCUCCGGAUCUGCAAAUUUCUCCGCUACUUCUUCUUCAAGACGUUUGCUGGCAUGAUGGUACAAAUCUGGUUUGCUUUCUAUACAGGAUUCACAGCACAGCCUCUGCUGGAGGGCUGGUUCCUUGCCCUUUAUAAUGUGGUCUACACAUCGUUCCCAGUCCUGUGUUUGGGCUUGUUUGAACAGGAUGUGAAUGCCAAGAAAAGUCUGCAGUUCCCUGAGCUGUACAAGGCAGGUCAAAAAGACCUCUUCUUCAAUUUUGAGAUAUUCUUCGUGUCGUUCAUUCAUGGAUCCUUUGUCUCUUUGGCCAACUUCUACGUCACCAUGUGGGCUAUGGGGGACAGAUCGGGCAUCCAGGUCACGGGUGAUUAUCAGUCCUAUGGUAUGAUUAUUGCAACCUCCGCCAUCUUGACAGUCAUAGCUGAGAUUAUGCUGGAGAUGAAAUUCUGGAACGUCUUCUCUUCCCUGGCCAUCUUGAUCAGCCUCCUUCUUUAUUGCCUUUUCACGUACAUCACUCAAAACUUCGAAGCCUACAGAACCUCUCCCCAGAUGUUCCCCUUUCCUGAGGCCACCAGGAACGCUCUGACUGACCCAACUGCUGUGUUUGUCAUCUUGCUGUGUGUUGUGGUGAACAUCAUCCCCUCCCUUGCCGUCCGUUUUGUGUGCAAUACCAUCAGCCCUUCAACUAUGUCAGAGAUGUUUCAAGUCCGGGAGAUCCAGAAGAAGCAAUUGACGGUGGAGCUGACAUCUCACAACAGUAGGAAUUCACUUCUGAGGCGUUCCGGCUACGCCUUUUCCCACAAGGAAGGAUUCGCCCAUCUCAUUGCCAAGGGAGCCAGUCUGCGGAGCAAGAGUAUCCCUGUCCGCAGAAAAUUGAACAGCUUGUACACCCCUGGAAAAUACAACUCACUGCCAACUGAGAUCAAUGCUGCCCCUAAAGAAGCUUCUUCAGAGCAGAAGGUCCAACUCGGUUGAAGGAGACAAAGCCUAUUACAGAUAACAGGAAGGGCCAUCGCUGGGCCUGUAUUCCCUGUUUCUUCCUGAAACCGGGGGUUGCACUGGGCAGAAGCUUUCCAUGGACAGUGUCUGUUUGUCAUUCAGGAAGCUCCGAGUUUGAACCUUAGAGAUAUUGGACUCAGAUUUCAUUGAUCAGAUCGUCUCAUUCUUUUUUUCCCCUGCCAUAUUCUAUUCUGUGCAAUAUUCUUGUGAAUGAUAAUAACCCACCUUGGCUAGGUUAUAUAGAGAUGGUGGGUAGUCAGUGGAUACCGGGUACUGGUCCAUGCCAUCCUAACGAAACGGUGUUUGCUUUGGUUUCAAAUCUGGAAGGCUUUGCAGAUCUCAGCCCAAAGUUCUCAUCUCUAAAGGUAAAAGGUAAAGGUUCCCCUUGCACAUAUGUGCUAGUCGUUCCCAACUCUAGGGGGUGGUAUUCAUGUCCGUUUCAAACCCGAAGAGCCAGCGCUGUCCAAAGACGUCUCCGUGGUCAUGUGGCUGGCAUGACUAAAUGCCAAAGGCGCAUGGAACGCUGUUACCUUCCCACCAAAGGUGGUCCCUAUUUUUCUACUUGCAUUUUUUACGUGCUUUUGAACUGCUAGGCUGGCAGAAGCUGGGACAAGUAAUGGGAGCUCACCCUGUUACGUGGCACUAGGGAUUUUAAUCGUUGAACUGCCGAACGUUCGAUCUACAAGCUCAGCAUCUUGGCCAUUGAGCCACCGCAUCCCUUUGUCUCUAGGCAAGUUAAAAGCCUCUGAACUAUGCAGGGUACUUCCUGGUAAAGGAGAAAAUCCUUGCUUGCAGAAAGUCACCAUCUCAGGCAGGAGGGCCUCCAACUUCCAGUUAUGGAAAGGGCAGAUAGUGAAUGCCAGAAGAAAGACUUACCAUAACUUUAAGAGGUUUGGACUUCAACUCCCAGAAUUCCUUGGUCACCCUGUCUUUCAUGGUCACCAUGACUUUCAUGUCUUUCAUGGUGUUUCAGAUGUGUGAGCCUAAGUGAUUAAGCUGGUUUGCAAAGCUAAGCCCAAACACCAGUGUGCCAAAAAGGAAGUUUUCUCUCCCAAAUCAGAGAAAAGGCUAUGCCAUCCAGCACACUCGUCAUAAUGGUUACCAAUUAAAGGUCUCUGGAAAGUCCAUAAAUAGGUCACCAUUGCCAAUAGCCUUCUCCUAUUUGUUGACCCCGCUGUCUGGUAUUUAAGUUUCAUUUCCUUAACUUGUGAAAUGCCAAUUAAUAUAAUUUGAGAAAGUAAGAGAAGGGCAACCGGAUCCGACAGAAUUACUACCUAAUUUAGAACAAACAAGCAAAGAGCUAGUUGGGAGAUCUGUGGAAGUCCCCCACAAUCAGUCCUCAUGCCAACUGCCUAUUACCAGCAUUCAGUAUCUAAAGAUAGACUGCUCCUGUUUAUAGGUAGUUCCUACUCAGCUAUCAUAGCUUUACAGGCAGGGGGCAGACAAUCAAAGAAAUACGAUGGCAUAAUUUUCAAUCUAUUUUUUAAGAUUUAUUUUAAAAAGUAGGGCUUUAUCUAUCUUUGCUGGCUGUGAGAA